UGGAACAGCACAUGGAGAGGCCCAUCAUGUUUCAUACUGCCCCUAUCUGUGUCCGAGAACCUCUCUUCAAAUCGGUCACACUUGGUCGCCCAUCAUGCGGUCCGCAGCUUCGACGCCGGAGAAGACGGGCUUGAUCACCUUGCGUGGAUCUACAGAGACGGUCGUGGAAUUCUUUGGCUAUGCGAUCAACAGCAUCCUCUACCAACGAGGGGUGUACCCAGCUGAGCACUUCACUUCCGUCAGCAAGUAUGGGCUGUCCAUCUUGGUGACCAAGGACAAAGGACUUCAAGAGUACCUUGGAGAGGUCCUGCGGCAGCUCAAGGGCUGGAUGAUGCGCAGCCAGGUCCGAAAGCUGGUGGUGGUCGUGGCCUCUCAGGUCACAGAAGAGACCUUGGAGCGGUGGACCUUUGAUGUGCAGGUGAAUGAUGCGCAUGCAGCGCUUGCUGUGCCGCAGACGCAGGCUGACAAGGUCAGGGAGCAGAAGGAGAUUCAGGCCAUCAUCCGACAGAUCACGGCAUCGGUGACCUUCCUCCCAUUGCUGGAUGAGCCCUGCAGCUUCGAUCUUUUGAUCUACACCGAUCGAGCGGCCGAGGUGCCCACUGCCUGGGGCGAGAGCGAUCCCAAGUACAUCGUUGGUGGCAGUGAGGAGGUGAAGCUCCGGUCCUUUACCACGAAGAUUCACCAGGUUGAUGGCGCUGUCGCUUACCGCUACAGCGAAGCUGGUGCGUGAGAGAAGGAUGCUGCCUCUGAACCGAGGAUGCCAAGCACCUGCUUGGAGUUUGUUGGUCUUCC